AUGCAGUCCAUCAGAGACAUGAAGUCCAACUUUAUUGCUCCACCCUCCUCCUCUAUUCCCGGUGGUCCCGACGCCUAUCACCAAGGCAACAUCAGGAUGACUCUGGAGGACCCAGAACUCUGGAAGUCUUUCCAUGAAAUUGGAACAGAGAUGAUUAUCACUAAACCGGGCAGGAGAAUGUUUCCACACUGUAAAAUCAACCUUUCUGGGCUGAUGCCUUGUUCCAAGUACAUCUUGCUGGUUGACAUGGUUCCUGUGGAUGGUUUCAGGUAUAAGUGGAAUAAAGAGAAAUGGGAAGUGGCUGGGAAAGCAGAGCCACAGCCCCCUUGCCGGACGUACCUGCACCCAGACUCUCCAGCCCCUGGGAGCCACUGGAUGAAACAGACCGUGUCCUUCCUCAAGCUCAAGCUUACCAACAACACCCUAGACCAACAUGGCCAUAUCAUUUUGCACUCCAUGCAUCGCUACCACCCGCGCUUCCACAUUGUCCAGGCAGACGACAUGUACAGUGUACGCUGGAGUGUAUUCCAGACCUUUACCUUCCCUGAGACCUCCUUCACCUCCGUCACUGCUUACCAGAACACUAAGAUAACCAAGCUGAAAAUCGACCACAACCCAUUUGCGAAAGGCUUUAGAGACGAAGGAACUAAUACAAAAAGGCGCGCUAACAGAAACCCAGCCUGCCCAGAGAAUAAAGCAAAGAAAAUUGAUUGUCUAAGCAGAGAGUCAGAUGAGGACAGUCCUCCUGACUUCCCCAGGUCAUCAUUUGAAGGAUACGAAGGAGAGCAGGCAGAACUCCCCAAAACCAAAGAGGAGGAAGUGGUGAAAGAGGAACGCUACUCCCCCUGGGGGCCUGAGAGGGAGCAUGGCCACCACGUCCGGACAGAUUCACCCCCUGGACCUGACGCCAGAGAAAUGUACAAUGCAGAGCAGCUAGUACCAGCCCCAGCUUCAUACCAGCCUUACAGGUUCCAUGAAUACGGGAAGUCUCCAUCUCCCUCCUCCAGCGUAGGCAGCAGCAACGGGGGUUCUGGACGGGCCAGCUUUGAGUCCAGAGUCUCUGAUGUAGCCACAGUCCCAGAGCAUGAGGCCUCCAAGCCCUCUACCCAUGAUAUUGGACCAUCUCCCUGUGGCACCCAGCCCUCUGCAGGACAUCACCAGGACUACACAGGGGUGCUCAACAUGGCCCAGGCAGGCAAGCCAGGGGUCCUCAGCCAUCACAUUUACACCCCUUACAGCACCGAGCAGACCCUGGGCCAGUGGAGCGGCCCCAGCCCCGUCCAGUACCCUCCCCCUCACCACCUGCCCUCUGACUACAGUACCCCGGCUGUGCACCACGGAUAUCACCAUGGCAAUGUGGCUGAGUGGAGCCAGUACCCACUCUUCUCUUACUCGUGCUGGUGAAACCAUUUCCUCAGUUUCUCCCAAAAGAGAAGGACUGCAGUCUCACAAGUGACUCAGCGAGACCUCAUAAAUGCUACUAUGCUGUCAUACCUGUGUUUCCUCUGUCCCAAGUCCAGCACCACACCCUGACUGCUGAUCCAGAGCUCACAGCCAUGCUACCGUAUGCUGGGGCUGAAAGAGAAGGACCUGGGUCAGGAGAAAUGCCAACCAGCAGAGAGAAUAACGGAGUGGAACAGAGACAAUAUACUUCAGAAUGACUUACCAGAGUAGAGGUGUGGACUGGUCUGAUAUCACAACUGGCUUUAGGCCUAAGGCCUGAAAAAUGUAUGCGUUCCUCCCAGUGAAAUGUAUGUUAAUUGCUGAAUUGUCUAUUUAUUUCGUGUUUGGACUUCGUUUCUCCCUGGUAAAUAUUUUUGUAAAAAAUAAAAACAUUUUGUGUGUAAUAAAUUGCUUUACUGAUAUGUUAAUGUCACCUGUAUGGAAUAAAAAAAAAGUUCUAACUGUUUUUCACUGUUUUCUUCAAAGCUAAUGAAGCAUUCAUUUCUUGGGAGCCUGGUGCAUUAUAGUGCAUGACAAUACA